GUGCACCGAUGCUCUCCUGCGGCUCCGGUGCUCUGCUACUGCCCGGCGAAGAGAAAGCUAUGGUGCUCUGAGUCCCCGGGAACAUGAAAAUUGAUGCUGAAAAUAAGGCCCCAAUUGGUGCGGCAGGUGCAAAGCAUGUGCCCACGGUCGCUACGCAAGGUCUGAGGCCAAGAAGAGCUUUUGGAGACAUGAGUAGCAGAGUCAGCGAGCAGCUACGAGCCAGAGUGCCUCUGAAAAAGGAAGCAAAAAUAACUUCAAUAACUUCAGCCACUGAAAAAGUUAUUGCUAAAAAGCUACGGAAACCUCUGGAGAAGAUGCCUGUCGACCCUGAACCGGAGCCUGUUAAGGAAGACAAACUCCCCCUGAACCUUUCUAUUGGGGUUGGCACUCCCUGUCCAAGCCGGAUGCAAACAUCUGGCCGGGCCCCUGCAGAAGGAUAUGUUUGUCAGGCUUUCUCUGAUGUAAUUCUUCCAGUGAAUGUUACGGAUGCAGAAGAUGGAGCAGAUCCCACCCUUUGUGGUGACUAUGUGCAAGAUAGCUCUGCUCUGCUCAGCAAAUACAGACUGGGUCGAGAAGUCCCUGGGAACAUGCGAGCCGUCCUAAUGGACUGGCUGGUACAGGUUCAAAUGAAAUUCAGGUUGCUGCAGGAGACCGUGUACAUGCCUGUUUCCAUUAUUGAUCGGUCCACGCAGAAUAAUCAAGUGCCCCAGAAGAUACUGCAGCUGGUCGGUGUCACUGCUGUGUUUGUUGCAAGCAGAUAUGAGGAAAUGUACCCUCCAGAAAUCGAUGACUUUGCUUACGUGACUGACAACACUGACACUAAACGCCAAAUCAGACAGCUGGAGAUGAAGAUUCUAGAAGUUUUAAACUUUGGCCUGAGCCGCCCUCUAUCCUUGCACCUUCUUCAUAGAGCAGCUAAGAUUAGAGAGGUUGGUGCUGCACAACAUCCUUUGGCUGAAUACCUGACAGAACUAACUACACUGGGCUGUGACUCGGGGCGCCUUCCUCCUUCUCAAAGUGCAGCAGGAGUUUUCUGCUCAGCACGGAAAAUUCUGGGUAAUGGUGAGUGGACACCAGCUCUGCAGCACUGUCUGUCACACACUGAAGAGCCCCUCCUUCCUGUAGUGCAGUACCUGGCUCAGAAUAUAAUCAUAGUGAGUCACGGGCCUACAAAGCACAUGACUAUCAAGAAUAACAAGCAUGCCCCAUCUCAGCGUGCUACGAGCAGCAUUCUAGCACAGCUGAAGUAUGCGUUAGUUGAGGAUUUGGCCGAGGCUGUGGCAAAGCUGUAACCUGUGGACUGGAAUACUAUAUCUGCAAAUAAUAUCAGCACUCUGUGCCACCUGUACAU